UCUGAGUGGCCGCCUAGAGAACAGUUCGCCGCUGUUGUCCGUUCCAGAGCCGGAGGCCAACUUGCCGACGGCAUCCAAAAGUCGUUGAGAAGACUGCCACACUCGAGGCUUUCUUCCUCAUCCACAAAAAACAUCUUUCCUUCAAAACCACACUUCCCUCACCUAUUUUUUACUGCCGCUUGUCUCUUGAAGCGAUCUUCUGCGCGACAGCAAACCCGCAUUUCCCCUCUCCCCGCUUCAUCCACCUCCCCCACUGAUCUCCGAACCUCAAGAUCAACCCGACAAGAUGGCUCCGGAGCCCGACCACCACGAACACAAGAAGAAGGUCAACUUGACCGACGCCUCCGGCGCUGAGCGCAGGGAGGAGGAUGACACCGCCACUGCCAUCCUCAAGAAGAAGAAGAAGCCGAACCAGCUGAUGGUGACCGAUGCCGUCAACGAUGACAACUCGAUUAUUGCCCUCUCCAACAACACGAUGGAAGCGCUCCAGCUGUUCCGUGGCGACACGGUGCUGGUUCGCGGCAAGAAGAGGAAGGACACGGUGUUGAUCGUCCUUGCCGACGACGACCUGGAUGAUGGCAGCGCCCGCAUCAACCGGGUCGUCCGCCAUAACCUGCGGGUUAAGCACGGCGACAUCAUUACCAUCCACCCCUGCCCGGAUAUCAAAUACGCCAAGCGUAUUGCCGUCCUCCCCAUUGCGGAUACCGUCGAAGGUCUCACCGGCUCCCUGUUCGAUGUCUUCCUCGCUCCCUAUUUCCGAGAGGCCUAUCGGCCCGUCCGCCAAGGUGAUCUUUUCAUCGUGCGCGGUGGCAUGAGGCAAGUGGAGUUCAAGGUGGUCGAGGUCGACCCGCCCGAGUACGGCAUCGUCGCUCAGGACACGAUCAUCCACUGCGAGGGCGAGCCCAUCCAGCGUGAUGAGGAGGAAAACAACCUAAACGAGGUCGGCUACGAUGAUAUCGGCGGCUGCCGCAAGCAGAUGGCUCAGAUUCGCGAGAUGGUGGAGCUCCCGCUGCGGCACCCGCAGCUCUUCAAGUCCAUCGGUAUCAAGCCGCCUCGCGGUGUGUUGCUCUACGGACCUCCGGGUACCGGUAAGACGCUGAUGGCGCGCGCCGUCGCGAACGAGACGGGCGCCUUCUUCUUCCUCAUCAACGGCCCCGAGAUCAUGUCCAAGAUGGCCGGUGAAUCCGAGUCGAACUUGAGGAAGGCGUUUGAAGAGGCCGAGAAGAACUCCCCCGCCAUCAUCUUCAUUGAUGAGAUCGACUCGAUCGCCCCCAAGCGCGAGAAGACGAACGGCGAGGUUGAGCGUCGUGUCGUGUCUCAGCUCCUCACUCUCAUGGACGGCAUGAAGGCGCGGUCCAACGUUGUGGUCAUGGCAGCGACCAACCGGCCGAACUCCAUCGACCCUGCGCUGCGUCGGUUCGGCCGUUUCGACCGGGAGGUUGACAUCGGCAUUCCGGAUCCUACUGGCCGUCUCGAGAUUCUGCAGAUCCAUACCAAGAACAUGAAGCUGGCAGACGAUGUCGACCUCGAGCAGAUCGCCGCCGAGACCCACGGUUAUGUCGGCUCCGACAUUGCUGCCCUGUGCUCCGAAGCUGCCAUGCAGCAGAUUCGCGAGAAGAUGGACCUCAUCGAUCUUGAUGAAGACACCAUUGAUGCCGAAGUUCUCGACUCGCUCGGCGUCACCAUGGACAACUUCCGGUUUGCCCUCGGCGUUUCCAACCCUUCUGCUCUCCGCGAGGUUGCUGUUGUCGAGGUUCCCAACGUCCGCUGGGAAGACAUCGGUGGCCUCGAGACCGUCAAGCAGGAGCUCAAGGAGAGCGUUCAGUAUCCCGUCGACCACCCCGAGAAGUUCCUCAAGUUUGGUCUCUCGCCGUCUCGUGGUGUCCUGUUCUAUGGCCCACCGGGUACGGGUAAGACGAUGUUGGCCAAGGCUGUCGCCAACGAGUGUGCUGCCAACUUCAUCUCCGUCAAGGGUCCCGAGCUGCUUUCCAUGUGGUUUGGCGAGUCGGAGAGCAACAUCCGCGACAUUUUCGACAAGGCGCGGGCCGCAGCUCCCUGCGUCGUCUUCCUUGAUGAGUUGGACUCCAUCGCCAAGGCCCGUGGUGGCUCUGUCGGCGACGCCGGCGGCGCCUCCGACCGUGUUGUCAACCAGCUCCUGACGGAAAUGGAUGGCAUGACCUCCAAGAAGAACGUCUUCGUCAUCGGCGCCACGAACCGGCCGGAGCAGCUUGACCCUGCGCUGUGCCGUCCGGGCCGUCUCGACUCGCUCAUCUACGUGCCUUUGCCGGAUGAGGCUGGCCGGCUGAGCAUUCUCAAGGCGCAGCUGCGCAAGACGCCCGUUGCCGACGACGUCGACCUCCAGUACAUCGCCUCCAAGACGCACGGCUUCUCCGGUGCCGACUUGGGCUUCAUCACCCAGCGCGCCGUCAAGCUGGCCAUCAAGGAGUCCAUCGCGGCCGAGAUCCAGCGGACCAAGGAGCGUGAGGCGGCCGGCGAGGACGUGGACAUGGAGGACGACGAGGACCCCGUUCCCGAGCUCACCAAGCGGCACUUCGAGGAGGCCAUGCAGAUGGCCCGCCGCUCGGUCACCGACGUCGAGAUCCGCCGCUACGAGGCGUUCGCCCGGCAGAUGAAGAACGCCGGCCCGGGCGCGUACUUCAAGUUCCCCGAGGGCGGCGUCGGUGGCAGCGCCAACAACGGCGGCGCGAGCAACUCGUUUGGCGAGGCUGGCAACGACGACGGCCUCUACGACUAGACGGAGAUCCAUGGCCGUGGUAUUCGGGGCUCCCGGGCACGAAACACAAACAUCAACACGGAGCAGACUUGGGCCGUUUUGGGGGUGUUUCUGCUGUUCUGGGACGCUUUGUGUAUUCUAGUCGCUUUCCUCUUUCUUCCCGCUUUCCUUGUCUUUUCCUUAUCCCGUCUUCACGAUCUCACGAUCUGAUGAUGACCGCACCGUCCUGGGCAAGAUAGAGAGAGAGAGGAAGGGGCGGAACACUACUUCAGGCCAAGUCAGUUUUUUUUUUCUUCCUCCCUAAUCUAGUCUUGGAAGGUAACAGUGAAAUAGCUACCGAUCCUUGCCC